AACGAUCAACAUAACCCCAAGGCGACGGAUCCUUCUUCAUCUUCUCGUCGUCCCAACCAUUCCCGAUCGACGAGAGAAGACACAUAGGAGUUUCAGCAAAAAUGGUCCAGCCAAAGUCAAAGAAGUCGGUGGGGUUGGGGAACACCCUUAUGAAUGACCGUUUCGGGAAAGGAAAAGGAGCGGAUAGGAAGAAAGCAACUGCCAUCGCGCGAGUCAAUCACAAUACUGGAGAGGAGUAUCUCACGAACGAAAAAAAGGAGGCAUCAUGGGUCAAGAUGCGCUCCGUCACCGAGCAGGGCGCCCUGGAUGAGUUCCUGUCGACCGCAGAGCUGGCGGGAACAGACUUCACCGCCGAGAAGAUGAACAACAUCAAGAUCAUUCAUACCGACCAGAAGAAUCCCUAUCUACUAUCCGCGGCUGAAGAGCGUGCGGUUGCCGGUAAACAUCGAGCACACAAGGGACGGCUGACGGUUCCAAGGAGGCCGGAGUGGGAUGCCUCGACCUCACCCGAGCAACUCGAUGUUCUCGAGAGGGAGAGUUUCAUCAACUGGAGGAGAGGUCUUGCCGAGCUGCAGGAGAACAAUGAUCUUCUGAUGACUCCCUUUGAGCGAAACAUUGAGGUUUGGAGACAGCUAUGGCGUGUCAUCGAGAGAUCGGAUCUCGUGGUUCAGAUCGUCGAUGCUCGAAAUCCGCUCCUCUUCAGAUCAGAAGAUCUCGGGGAUUAUGUUAAGGCGGUUGAUCCGAAGAAAGAGAACCUCUUGCUCAUCAACAAAGCCGAUAUGAUGACAUACUCGCAGCGUCUGGCUUGGGCGAGAUACCUGAAAGGAGCGGGCAUAGCGUACAAAUUCUUCUCUGCGAGCUUAGCGAAGGAGCUUCUGGAUGCGGAGGAAGAGGAUGAUCAUGACACACCGUCUGCUCCUGCUCAGCCUGGGAGCUCUCAGACGAGGCCCGAAGGAGUAUCAAGUGACGAGGAGGAAGAGGACGAGAGCGAAGGGGAGGGUUCGGCUGAUGAUGACGACGUUGAAGAUAAGAAGAAAAGCCCUGAGGCACCUUCAUCGCAGGUUGAAGUAACCGAGGACGACACGCAGAUCUUGACGGUGGAGGAAUUGGAGGAGAUCUUCCUUAGCCACGCUCCAAAGGAUGCAGGCGAAGAUCACAAGCUGCAGGUUGGCCUCGUGGGUUAUCCUAACGUUGGUAAAUCAUCGACUAUCAAUGCUCUCAUUGGUGCCAAGAAGGUGUCCGUCUCAGCGACGCCUGGAAAGACAAAACAUUUCCAGACCAUCCACUUAAGUGAGAAGGUCUUGCUAUGCGAUUGCCCGGGUUUGGUAUUUCCGAACUUUGCCAAUACGAAGGCCGACCUAGUGUGCAACGGUGUCUUGCCUAUCGACCAACUUCGGGAGUACACCGGUCCUGCAGGACUCGUGGCGCGAAGGAUACCCAAACAUUUUCUGGAGGCGAUCUACGGGAUCCACAUUCCCAUUCGACCGCUCGAAGAAGGGGGAACAGGCACCCCAACGGCCGAGGAACUUCUCAGGGCGUACGCCAAGGCCAGAGGGUUCCAGACGCAAGGUCUUGGGCAGCCAGAUGAGUCGAGGGCCGCUCGAUAUAUCCUGAAGGACUACGUGAGUGGCAAGUUGCUGUACUGCGAGCCACCACCAGGCGACAUCGAUCCUGAUAAGUUCAACGCCGAGCUCUAUGACGAACUUCACGUACCCGAGAAACGGCGCGCAGCGCUCGCCGCGUCCCUCGCGACCCUCUCCCUCGCUGCAGACGAAGCAUCGACCACAACAUCGGACUUCGUCCCUCUACCGGCAGGGCCCAAAUCCAAGCGACUUGACCGUGGCUUUUUUGCGGCAGCUGGUACUAGUACCGGCCACAUGAAGAUGCCCUUCAGUCAUAAAUACACCCAACAGGGCCAAGACCCCGAGAAGCAGCUGAGCGGCAGGAAGAGGCGGGAGCUAAUAGCCAUUCAGAACGGAAUGGACCCUAAGGAUGUGCAGUUAACGGCAGGCAAGAAGCACUUCAAGGCAGGGCCAAGGAACGGGAAAGGAAAGAAGCAUAGGAACAAGCUAGACGACGAUGAAUAGUGAAUUGGAUCUCUGCAGGGUUAGCAAAUAUAUUUCGGCACACAUGGAGCUGGUGAAGACGGGCUUUCGCAUCGAGCGAGCCAGCCGUGCUUGUCCCGUUAUGAAUAUUGAGGCUUACCGAUUCUGUC